AAUCAUAACCUGUUCAUUUUACUUCAUCCCAGUCGGCAUUUCGCUUGCAAUUAAAUGUGUUAAUCAAUUGAAAAAGAUGCAUUCCAACCGGCUGACGUUAUGUUUUGUGUUCUUCUUGGGCAUAUCUAUCCGAUGGUGCUUAGUAAACAGCCAAUAUCGUCAAAAUAUUCAAGAUCGCAUCGAAAUAACCACACCUUUAAACUCAAUCAAGAGAGUCAUUGAAGGACAUUAUCGAGCUUCUCUUGGUAUAAACCCAUAUGAGAGCGAUAUCCUUCAUGAAAGUCCUAUACAUUUGAAGUUUUACUCAUUUUUGAUCACAAACUUUGGCCAAAACCUUCCACUGGCUUUCAUUGCAGCUGAUAUCAUCACAGCACUUGGUUUAUAUUUGUUUUCAAAGAGAUACAUGCUGCAAUUAUUCAUUGAACAAGAGUUGGAGAAGCAUACCUAUGCAAAAGACUCUGUAAAUCAACUGUUGAAAGGAAAAGACUUGUCUUUGCCUCCAUUGUAUACAGUGAUUGUGUUUCUGUUGAAUCCAUACACAAUUUUCAAUUGUGUGGCUUGCACAACAAGCACUUUUAGUAAUUUGGUGAUGACAUGGUUCUUGGUUGGAACAAUUUACAAUAAUUGCUUGUUAAGUGUGGUUACAUUGGCUCUGAGUGCAUUUCAAUCAUUUUACCCACUUGUAUUAAUUUCACCACUUUACUUAUCAUUUUACAAGGGAACAAAGAGUAUUUUCAAAGCUACUUUGGUUGUAAUUGCUGCAUUACUUGCUAUUUCCGGUUUGAUGGUUCUUUCCAAGGAGAUUAAUGGCGGGUGGCAAUUUUUAGAUGAGACUUUUGGCUUUAUCUUGCAAGUAAAUGACCAACAACCCAACGUAGGCGUUUUCUGGUACUUUUUCAUGGAAAUGUUUGAACACUUCCGUUUGCUUUUCCUCUGGUCGUAUCAAAUGAACGUAACCAUCUUAUACUUGGUUCCUUUGAGUAUUAAAUUCCGAAAGGAUCCAUCCCUGUUGGCGGCGUGCUUUAUCUCAGUGAUUACCAUCUUUAAAUCAUAUCCGAGCAUCGGUGACUUUGCCCUGACCUUGGCAUUAUUGCCAAGCUGGAAACAUUUAUACAAUUGUAUGCAGCAAAUUUUGAUAAGUUGUGUGACAAUCGUUGUUACAACCAUUCUGGCACCGAUUUUGUGGGAUCUUUGGAUUUAUUGGGGCACUGCAAAUGCGAAUUUCUUCUUCGGAGCAACUUUAGCUUUUGUCACCGCGCAUAUUUUCAUUGUAACAGACAUUUCCUUUGCGUAUUCCAAGCGCGAGUAUUUACUUAAGUUCGGGAAUUGUCGGAAAAUUAACGGGAAAGAUGCUAAACUAGUCUUAGAAUAAUGCAAAAUGUCAAAUUGCUUCAUUUUGUUUUUUACUUUAAUAAAAAUCACAAAAGAAUA